ACACACACUAAUUCUUAGCACAAGGAAUUCCCUCCUCACUUCAGUUUUCCCCUAUGUAAUGAUGAAUGAGGAACCUAUAAUUUAUACUACACUAUACAAAGAUUCUCAGCAGAAGCACACACCAAAAAAUAAUAUCAAGCAUAAAUUUAGUUCAAAUGAAUUGCCGUUAACCAAGGAGGAGCUGAGACACCAGAAACCUUAUAAAAAAUGGCACAAGAAGACAGCAGAAGAUGUCAAUGGCCAAGUUCUCUCAAGAGAUUCCUCACCUCACCCAUGGAGGCUUAUUUCUAUGGUCCUGGGCAUCACGUGCCUUCUCCUGAUGGCCAUAGCUGUUGCAGUGGCUGUCUUUACUGCAAACUCAUCUCCUAAACAAUCAUCUCUCACAAUCCAGCAAAAAGGACCUCGUUGUCAUUCUUGUCCAAAGAAUUGGGUUUGGUUCAGAUGCGGCUGUUACUACUUCUCCAAGGAGAGGUUAACAUGGAGAGAGAGUCAAUGUGCCUGCUCAUCUCUAAAUUCCAGUCUCAUAAAGAUAAACAGGGAGGAGAUGCAUUUCUUCUCUUUAAAAUCUUUCUUUUGGAUUGGAGUCUACCAUAAUGGAAUUGGCAAGCACUGGCUAUGGGAAAAUGAUUCGAUUCUGUCCUCUGAUAUGUUUUCUCCUCCUACACCUCAAAAAGAACAGCUCUGUCUAUCUUACAAAUCAAGAGAUACUUACUUAGGUGAAAAGUGCGAACUUAAACAAACCUACAUUUGUAAGAAUCCUCUUAUUUAUUCUAUAAAUUCACUGGAAAGAUGAAAAGUACUUUUAUCUAACCCUAUGUCUUGAUAGCAUUGCCAAUGUUGACUUUCUUUUUCUAGGGAGAAAAUAAGUAAAUUUAUACCUUUGGUUUAAUAAAAAUAGAAUCUUCUAAAAAUAUACAGCAAUGCCAUUUAAACAGUGUACUAAAAUUUUGAUGAAUGAAUAAAAUUUUGAUUUAGAUGACUUUUCAUGAAGUGACACUGUGACAAUAUUUAGGAGGAUAUAUUUUAUGUGUAUGCACAUUAGGAGACAUUAAAUAUUUUCUGGAUUAGACAGUGAGA